UUCCUGUUCGGUGAUCUUUGCAGUGACUGGUCAUUCAUAUUCUAUUGUGAAUUAAAACCCGUGGGAAAUCCGGAUUAGAAACGUUCCCAGCAACCUACGCUGGUUGUAAGAGGCGACUGAAUGGAUCGGAUGGUCAGACUUGUGGACUUGGUUGAUUGCGUGUCGCCGUACCCCGACAGCGUGAAUCGUUGCUCUGAAUAUCGAUCACUGCCAUCAAGUGAGGUAUCGGCACAUCGACAGAAGCUCUAGAUUUUACUACUCAAACUGGACUGAUGCAUGCCAUCGAAUUCCAAUGCUCAUGAUGUCAAUCACUGGACUGUCUGUUCCAAACUCGAUACUUUACAAUCCGCGAUCAUAUAGCUGGAAUACUGCUGAGUGCGGCGAUGAGGGUAAGGAUGUCCUGCCCUACCGGCAGAACCCCAAUUAGCAUUAAAAUAUAUGUGUUGCCUGACAUAGCACUGCAGUACACGUACCAUGCGUAAACAAACCAGACAAUAAAGAAAUGGACCAGUAAUCCAGUCUCAUUAUUGCACAUUUACUGCAUUUGUUGAAAAGGGUAUGUUGAUUUUUUCUUCUGCUGUGUGCAAAUGCAAGAAGAGCUUCUGCAGCUUAUAAGUAAAGAAAAACGUUUAAUAAAUAUGUUUGUUUCUAUGGAUACUUAUAACGAGCAAUCUAGGGAAGCCGACAGUCCCCCAUUUUCUUUCUUAACAUGGGUACCAACAAAGCUGGCACGUAGUUGUGUUUGUUGAACUGGAAACUGGGACACCACUGUUUGGACUAUGCCUGAGAUAGCCGUUGGAAUGUUGUCAAAAAGGCCCAAUCAAUAUUAAAACAAAAAAGUCACAUAUAAGUCUGUUGUGUUCGUUUUUUGUUCACCCUGUCUGCAUGGGCAAGCUAGCGUAGAAGUUCAUGAAUUGCUGUGAUGUUGUUCCUGUUAACAGCGAGUCCCAUGGCGUUACUUGUGUUCACAGCCGGGGGGUUAUGGUUGUGGUGGUGGACCCGGCGCCCCCCGACACUCCCGCCUGGACCGCCCCUCCUCCCCCUCCUGGGGAACCUGCUCUCAUUGGAUACAGACCCCCGAAUGACUUUCAGGAAACUGAGACGGAAAUACGGGGACAUUUACAGCAUCUACAUUUUCAACAAGCCCGUCAUUGUCCUCAACGGCUACAACACCCUGAAAGAUGCUCUCGUGAAACAUGCUGACGUCUUUUCAAGUCGCCCCCAUUCCUUCCUGACGGACCACUUACUGGGGGGCAGAGGUAUUGUCGGUACAUCUGGUGCCACCUGGCGUGAACACCGACGGUUUGCAGUGAGAACUUUGAAGGAGCUGGCAUCAAGGUCAACGGGUCUCGAGGCAAAGGUCAAUCAGGAGGUGUCACACGUACUAGCGUCCAUUGAAAAUGAAGGGGGUUCGAGUUUUGACUGCAAAGGUGUAGUGUUCAUUGCGGUGGCAAACAUCAUCAGCUCCGUGGUGUUCGGAAGGAGGUAUGACUACAGUGAUCCCCUGUUUCUGAAAGUCCUCGGUUGUAUGGAGGAGAACGUCGCCAGCUUUGGUUCAGCUAGUAUCCUCAACAUCUUGCCUGUCGUCCGAUAUUUGCCAGGGGACAUCUUCAAGUUUAAGAAGAUUUUGGCCAAUUUGGCGUUCACUGAACGCGAGUUCGUACAGCCCAUGAUCAAUAACCACUUGGACAACUACGACGAGGACAACAUACACGACUUCACCUCAGCUUAUAUAAAAGAAAUGCGACAUCACCAAGGAGAGGAUACAACCCUGAGCAUUCCUGAUCUGCAGGCGUCAGUUCUCGAUUUAUUCGGAGCCGGGUCGGAGACGACAGCAACCCUCAUCCGCUGGGCCUUGGCAUUGUUCCUCAACUACCCGGAUGUCCAAGAAAACUGUUUCAGGGAGAUUGAGGAAAACAUUGGUACGAGCAAGAGGCCGUCCAUGGCAGAUAUGCCCAACCUUCCUUAUGUAGAAGCGACGAUCACCGAGCUGGCGCGUUAUGCCAAUAUCGUCCCCGCCGGUGUCCCCCACGCCAUCUCCCGGGACGUUUACUUCAACGGGUACACGUUCCCCGCUGACGUCAUGAUUCUGCCCGUCCUGGACUCCGUGCUGCACGAUGAAGCAUUGUGGGGAGAUCCGCACAACUUCCGGCCGCAACGUUUUCUAGAUGAAGAUGGCCAGUUCGUUAAGAAAGACGAGUUCAUACCAUUCUCACUAGGUCGCCGAGCUUGCCUGGGGGAGUCCCUGGCCCGUAUGGAGCUGUUCUUGUUCAUCACAGGAAUGGUUCAGAAGUACCGGUUUGUAUGUGUGUCUGACGCUGUGCCGUCCCUCAUCCCUGUGUGUGGAAUUGUUUUCUCUCCAAAGCCAUUUCUUGUGCAAGCUGUUGCACGAAUAUAACACUGCUUGACCAUGUAGUGUUUCAUACGGUGCC